GGUCAAUCUCAGCUGGAAAACUUAUUCAAGAAGCAUAUUGUGAACAAAGUGACACCCUAAUAAAUGCCUGGAGCAUUUCCAACUUCCAAGCAGCGAUAUGGCCGCCGGCAGUGGCUGAAACGACGUCGGGCGCUAAAUCAACGCCUGCUUCCCUGAUUAACACUACUAAUUGGCAGUGCUGUGUUCAAUGCUAAUCCUCAUUUACUCAAAACUAAUCCAUCAACGCAUCCUAUAAAUAUCCAACCCCCCUCCACCCUUCCAUUUCAUCUCUGCAACCCAUGCUGCCUGCGCUUCCCCACAUUCUCUCUCUCUCUCUCUUUCUCUCCGGCGGACGGGCGUUUCAGUCUGCUUCUUGUUUUUGAGAUUUUCUAGCUUCGUGAUCUCAAGAUUUUCUCUUGGGAAAGAUAACAUCACUUCGUAGUUUUGGUGACUUCGCCUUUGAAGAUGCCUUCUGCCGAUCAAGAUGAUGAACCGUUCAUUGAGCUGGACCCGACCGGUCGAUUUGGCCGCUACUGUGAUUUGCUGGGCUCUGGUGCUGUGAAGAAGGUUUACCGCGGGUUUGAUCAGGAGGAAGGCAGAGAAGUGGCCUGGAACCAAGUUCAAUUGAAGAACUUCAGCAUGGAUCAAUCAGUAAUGGAUCGUCUUCAGUCGGAGGUUUCUUUAUUGAGUUCGCUGAAGAAUGACAACAUCAUCAGUCUAUACAGUGCUUGGAAUGACGUUCCGCACACCACAUUGAAUUUUAUCACUGAAGUUUGCACGUCUGGGAAUCUCAGGAAUUACCGUAGGAAACAUCGCCACGUCUCAAUCAAGGCCUUGAAGAAGUGGUCGAUGCAGAUUCUCAGGGGUUUGGAUUAUCUCCACACUCAUGAGCCCUGUGUCAUUCACAGAGACCUCAACUGUAGUAACAUCUUCAUCAAUGGAAACACCGGCAAGGUGAAAAUCGGUGAUCUAGGCCUGGCAACAAUCGUGGGGAAGAACCAUGCGGCACAUUCGAUACUUGGGACGCCGGAGUAUAUGGCCCCGGAGCUGUACGAGGAGGAUUACACAGAGGUGGUAGACAUAUACUCCUUUGGUAUGUGUUUGCUUGAGAUGGUAACAAUGGAGAUACCAUACAGUGAAUGUGACAGCGUCGCCAAGAUAUACAAGAAGGUGACUACUGGGGUGAAGCCCCAGGCAUUGAACAAGGUGGAAGAUCCUGAAGUCAGAGGCUUCGUGGAAAAGUGCAUUGCCCAACCGAGGGCAAGACCAUCGGCAUCUGAUCUUCUCAAGGACUCCUUUUUCUCUAAUCUCGAAUAUGGUAACAUUGCAAACUCUGCUCAUUGAUGGUCUUACGGGCACUCGCCUUGUCUAGCCAUUACUCUCUUCCCUCUAUUUUGCUGGAUACUGUUUAGUAAUCAAAGUUGGAAUUUUUAUACGAAUAAUAUAGUUUGAUUAGCAGUGAA